AUGGCACUGCUGGCGACGCUUGGGGCGGGAUCGUUGCUUGAGGCGCACAAGUUCGCUUCGCAGCCCCCCGACCUCUUUGCCGCAGUCUUGGCAGCACCCAACGGGCCGAUGCACGUCGCAGCCGUGGUCUCUGCGUCAAGAAAGUCUCCAGAAGCUUCUGCAUCUUUGCUGGGAAAGCUGCGCCUAGUGCUGACCAUCUUCUCGGGAUUGCUCAGCCUGUUUGUUUGGUCCUGUGCUACUCAUCUUGUGGACUUGCUUGCACCUGGGCUUGCAUCAAGACCAGACACGAGGUUGCUAGCAAUUGAACAAAUGAAGAUGCUAGCCCCUAUCACAGCAAUUACAGGCACAUCAGGUAUUGGACUGGCCAUUCAUUCCAUGCGCAGGAGGAUGAUCCCUGCCGCACUGUUUGCAUCGUGGCCUAAUUUGACGAUUGUGGGGGUCGUUGGAAUCGCAAAUGGUUCCAUGGACUUGAAAAGCGGUACCUUUGAAGCGCAGACGAAUGGGGGACACUGCUUAGCCCUGGCGGCCUUGGCGGGUGCAAUUGCGCAGUGCCUGUCCGUGUCCUUUGGCACUGGAAUUCGUCCCAGAUCCAAGGACAGGAAGCCGCGGGGAGGUGAUGAAGCCGCGUGGGCUGGCAUUUGGGGCUGUAUGCACCUGAUGGUGGCAGCAGCGGCGGCGACUGUUUCCCAAAAGAUCAUGGCCUACACAGACAUGCGGUUCGCAUCAUUCACAGAGGGCGCCGCUGUGCUUAUGGGAGGUGGCACCCUGCUCGCGGCAUCGCCCAUUGGUCUUGUCAGCACAGCCCUCAUGACUCAUCUGACUCCAUGGAUGGCCAACUCCAGGUCGCCCGCCGACCUCGCAAGGCGACUUCGCCGAUCUUUGGUGGUUGUGGCCUUCAGCACCGCGGCUGCAGGGGCGGCUUUGGUGGCCCUUGCACCCGUCCUGGCAUGUUUUUUGAACGCAGGGGGAAUAACCACGGGGGGAGGGGCUUCUCAAGUUGCCAAGUUGAUGGCCGCGAGCGUCGCUGGUUGCUCUGCCAGGGCUGUACGUGAUGUCUCGCUGCACGGAUGCCUCAUACUGGGCGAUCCCCGCUCCCCUCUGGCGGUGGAUGCCCUUGCUGUUGUGCUCAAUGUAGCGCUAGAUUGGUUAUGCGUUUCACACUUGCAGUGGGGUCCUUUAGGACUUAUUAUGGCCACACAGGUGGUGUCCAUUCUGUCCACGGGACUUCAGCUUUUAUUGCUGAAAAGGCGGCUAAAACACUUCAGACUUUCUCUGAUAGAUAUGCUUCCGACUGCCAUCAUUGCUGCCAUCAGUGGGUGCUACUGUUGGAUUUAA